AUGAGUCUGGCAUACGGUGUCAAUGGCGUCGACUCGUCUGGACAUUUGGAUGCUGAGCACUUACAUGUGAGGAGGCAGAGAAGCCAACAAAACUCACAGUUCAGCCUCUAUCCAGGCAAACCACUAGCAAGACCACCAACAGCACCAAACAGGAGCACCCCUCCGUCGCCCAUUUCACCAUCGUUCUUCGCAAAUAAUAGACCACACAGGCAGGAUUCCCUACCCAAUUCUGACCCUCGAGCUUACCACCAACGACCCUCGACCUCUCACACACCCUCACGCGAAGCCCCGCGCUCAAUUAACUCCUCCCCACAAACCCAGUCUUCUUCACCGAAUCCUUAUCCCUUACAAUCGAAUCAUGGGUUGCACAAAAAGCCUUCGGAAGCUUCUCGUUUGCGGGCUCUGAAUAAUGGGUAUAGGUCACAGUCACAAGAGGGGCGGAAGACACCUGAGGGAGUUGCGAAUUUCUCCCGACCUAGGACACCAAGUAUCAAAAGAACGGGAAGGAACGGUUCACCAAGGGCGACACAACAAGGCGUGUCCACAUUCUCUGGGAGUCAAUACAACGAGCAUGGCACCUUGAACGAGGCGUCUCCACCACGACAUAGAGGAUUGUCCGCGAGUUCGUCGAGAUCAAUUGCCAGCAAUCUUCCUUCAGUACCGCUACGACCAGCAGCUUCAAUCCCCGACUAUCAAGCAGCCGAGUCAAUUUACACCAGACAAAGAAACCUAAAUAACUCCGCAUACAGACCAGGAAGGGUUAUGAGUCGUCCGGAUAGCAAUUACUCUGCCCACCGGCGGGAUCCAAUGUUUCGAUCGGCCGCAAAUGAUAACGAGGAAGUUCGUGCGAGUUUUCGGUCUGCUCUAACGACCAAUUCAAGCUUUAUGGGCACAAUCGGAACGGAAAGAAGUAGCAUAAUGACGAAGAGUAGUUCGGCGACUUCAAUCUAUGGCAAAGACGAGGGUAUGAGUGUGGAUGAUGCAAUUGGCAUGUACGAGGGCGGUUUUCAAGAUUCUGGAACUGACGAGCCAUAUUUGAGGAGGCGGAUGAGUGUUGAAUCUCAGCAGAGGGGAAGGGGGUUGCGGUCAGACGAGAGCGGGAAUGAUUCAUUGAACGUGCCAACGGGACCACUGAUAAGGGACUCUCUUGCAAUGUUUCGAGCGAGCACGAUUGAUGCAUCCCCAGAUGAGAGUAGCGAGAAACCGAAAACUCUUGACGUCCAGGGCUCGUAUUUCACACCACAACCACCUAGCAGGCCAGCUACCCGAGCUGCGCCAACGACAUGGGAUGACACCCGGGAUCGUUAUGGAUUUAGGAAAAAUACACAACAUGUCCCGGUUGCACAAUUUGAGGCUUGGAACGGCCCAUAUAAUGAGCAUCUUGCGAGACGGCGGAAAAAGUGGGUAGCGCUCCUGAGGAGUGAUAAUCUGUCGACAGAUCACCCAGAAACAUUUCCAGCCAAGUCUGUGAAGGUCAAACGAUUUGUCCGGAAAGGGAUACCACCAGACUGGAGAGGAGCGGCUUGGUUCUUUUAUGCUGGUGGACCAGCGAUGCUAGAAAAACAUCCAGGUGUCUAUGCAGACCUUCUACAAAAGGCUCAUAAUGGCGAAGUUAGCGAAACAGAUAACGAGAUCAUUGAAAGAGAUUUGAAUCGAACGUUCCCGGACAAUAUCAAAUUCAAGCCGGAUCCCAUUCCUGGAGAGAUAGCACCAGACGCAGAAACUCCCAUCCUUCAAUCAUUACGAAACGUUCUUCAAGCAUUCUCAAUUUACAAUCCAAAGAUUGGAUACUGUCAGUCACUUAAUUUCCUGGCUGGCUUAUUACUCCUGUUCAUGGAUGAGGAAAAGUCUUUCUGGAUGCUCAAUGUUAUUACCCGUGUUUAUCUACCAGGCACCCACGAACUCAAUCUCGAAGGAGCUAAUGUUGACCUGGGUGUAUUGAUGAUAGCCAUUAAGGAUAUGAUGCCCGGAGUUUGGGCCAAAAUCGGCGGCGAGCUUGAUGGAACCGCAGGCAAUGGACGAGUCUCCAUGAGAUUACCACCAAUUACCCUAUGUACUACCGCUUGGUUCAUGUCAUGUUUUAUUGGCACUCUUCCUAUCGAAUCGACUCUUCGCGUUUGGGAUUCUUUCUUCUACGAGGGCAGCAAGACCCUGUUUCGAAUUGCACUUACCAUUUUCAAGCUCGGCGAGGCGGAAAUCAAAGCGGUCACUGAUCCAAUGGAGAUUUUCCAGGUUGUACAAACAAUACCAAGACGAUUGAUAGACGCAAACGUGUUACUGGAAGCAUGUUUCAAGAGAAGAAAUGGAUUUGGACAUCUCAGCCAGGAAACAAUUGAGAGAGGUCGAGCUCAGCGACGACAAGGUUAUGCGGAUGAAAGGGCGAAGGCUGCUGGGGAAAUCGCAACUACGAAUGUUAUUAGGAAGAAAACACUCUUGGGACGGAAAGAGAGGCAGUAA